AUAGGCUCUCUCCUCACUUUCCCUUCUAGCCUCCUUUCCCGUAUGCGGAGAAUCGAUGGUUUUCUCAACCAGGAUGCAAAGUCUGUUCUCGAACUCCAACGGCAUGAAUUUGGUCAUCCUGGCUCUAACGUAGCUCACACCAUCCCUCCCCCUAUUUUUGCACCCUUGCCGGGUCCAUGGGGCUUCCUAAUGUCUGGUUAUAUCGUCGGUUUGAUUGCAAUGACCUUUAUUCUGCACCGAAUCCAGAAUAUAGUGGUCCCACCCCAGCAUCGUCCCCCCCAUCAUCAGCGGCAUCAUCAAUCCGUCUUGCGCUCGAUUUAUCACUCGAUCUUUCCCUUAGACUUCUCCUCGUCAAUAUGUCGUCUUAUCUUUCGCUUACCAUCCCUCUAUUUCAUCAGCAAGGCACUCUUCAUGUGGACAAUAACAUUAAUCCAUAUGUCUGAUUACCUUCCUCCCGAAAGCUCAAGUUGGUUUGAAGGAGCUACUCAAUGGAUUGCGCAAAGAGAAAUGGAAGAUCUAUGCUGGUUCACGUUCUGCUCUGUUUGUGGGGCUUUGUGUGUUGAGGCAAUAACACGUGGCCUAGAAGGUGGAACCAGUCGCGCUUCACCAUUCAAUCUCUUUGGAUAUGCAUUUCUCCUCCAUAUAUAUUCAUCGCCCCUGACUCAUGACCUCAAAUUGGAGGGAAUGACUUCUCGUCCAGACAAACACGUUAUAUUCACCAUCAUCUUGCCACUAUUUCAACUUGCAAUGGUUCAUUUCAUCGGUAUUAGGCGACGGUGGUCACACCAAAGACUCGUUCCGUCAUCAAUUAUAUCAAUACUCUCGCUCACACAUUUUCAUGCUGUCCUUUGGUUUUCAGAAUCAUCGUAUCCUCUUCUCAACUACAUGCCAUGUCUUUUCGAAUCAAUAUUGGUUUCAGUCACGCUACUCGCUAUAUUCCUCGACAUCAUGACCCAAAUUUUGACAGAAGGCUCCAUCACGCGCCCCCUAUUCGGGCAUCAUGCAAACCUCCUUCCAAAAUGGGACGAAGACUUCUCUAUCGCCUUGCUGCGCUUGGGCACAGCAAGCCUAGAGGCAUCAAGCGUAGCAGGCUUAGGGAAUGAGGUCGGUGGCGUUGCAGCGUUGGAGCCGACCAGUGGCAGACCGCAAAUGGAGUACGGAACUCUCGAAAUGAAUCGUAACGGUGUCACUUCAAUCUCGCCAGCCGUGGAAGCAAAGGGAAGCCUGAGGAAGAGAAAGAGAGGAUUUGCAAAUGAAAUUAGGAGCAUCAAGGCGAUAUCGAAUGAUGGUGAUCUUUGGAUCGACAUGGCAUGGUAUCGAGAACUGGCGAAAUUUGGAGUAGGUGUGGGCCGCUUUUUGAAAGGCCUAUGGAAGUUAUUUUGGAAUGCGGUACGGGAGCGCUCGCUGCGUCAUGGUCCUCCCUUUGCCUUGGAAACAGAUGAAGAUGCGACGAUUCCCAUUCAGGACAAUAAUGAGCAGAGGGAUGAAGUUUUGCUUGAACGUUUUGCCAGAGGAGAAGACAUCAGCGAUGACGAAGAGGAUUUCGAACCUCCGCCAAGAUCACGGUCAGACUCGUUUGGCACGCCAUCUUCCGCGUCAGACGUUGCAGGCGAUGAGAUGGACCAAGGCGAGACUGCCAACCUCUACGCAGAUUUCUCCUCUAUAGCGGAGACCACUGCUCCGAUUAUGCUUGCCCAUAUGGCAAAUGCGUCCUUUUCGCCCCUUACUAGGCGGCGAUACAACAAUCUAGUCGCUAGGGCAUCUGCUAACUCCUCGUCGAUCGAUAAUAGAGGUGAAAACUGGACCGAGAUCGCAUCCGACCAGCAAGGUCCCGCGAGAACAGCAUGCAGCUCCCGGGCAGAUGAUGCACAAGCAGAUUCUCGUAGGAACUGUGUUAUAUGUACAGUGGAAGCUCGACAGAUCAUCUGCUGGCCUUGCCGAUGUCUCGCAUUAUGCGAUGAAUGUCGAGGAAACUUGGCCACACAUGCCACUGCGUCCAAACACAGAUGUCCAUGCUGUCGACAGAACGUGGAGGGCUAUUCGAAGAUAUAUAUACCUUAAAGGGUGUAAUAGUAAGCUUGUUCUUGUAGGAUUACCACGAAAUGCUCCUGUUUGCAAUUCAUAUUCACGUACACCAUCUCAAACGCUAUUCCAGACCCUGCUGAUACUGCCAUCGCGUGAUGCUAAACGAAGGUGACCAGACGAAGGGAAAUUACCAUCCGUCACCUGGAACUCACCAUCCUGAAGUCACAGUUGAUAAGCUGCUGAGUUGGGAUUAUCCGUAAGGAGGAAUCGAUCGUACACGAAUCCAAGUGGCCCAUCGAUGAUACAACGGGCCGCCCCUUGGGAAAUCCGAUGCGCUGAGCGUAAUUGCAUGUUCGACUACCGCGUGGUGAAUGGGGAUGCGCUACGCCCCGGUAUCAUGAUAAGUACUGGCCCGGUAACUGCUAAGUAGCAUAUCAAUAGACAGUAUAUUAUUAGUGACAGGUUAAAUUUGGUCCCUG